UUCUUCAAGGUCAUCAGAUGAAGAGAACAUGGUGGUUUCAGAUAGAGAUGUUCGAGUAUUUCCCCACGAUUGUGUUCUGGACAGUUGUAAAUACUCUUGUCAAGGGAAUUGUCAGCUGUGCACCCGAUGCCUCAAUGAUGAGGAAAAAUAUAUUCUAAAGGAAGCUUACCGAGAACAUCUAAGAAGAGGAAACUGCAGGCGUGUUAUUCCUUCUAGUACAUAUGAAAAAGAAGCUAACCAAACAAAACUGAUAGAUCUUAGCCACCUGAGUUCCAGAAAUGCUUUAUUGAAACGAUGGUUCCAGGAAAGUGCUUGCAAGAUCCUACUUGGUGUAUCUAAAGCCAAAAGGAGAAAGUUCAGGAAUCCCAUGUCAUUACAUGAGAGGUGUCUAUAGGAUUGUGUGAAGCUACAAAAAACGAAAGGGGUUUUAAGAUCCUAUUUGUAAAAACCAUAAUUCAGGAACUUACUUGUGAUUCAAUCCAUGAUUGUACUUGUUAUUUUUAAUGUCAGAAGGAAAAAUGUGUUUAUGUUUAGUAAAAGAAGUAACAAGAUGUAUAAAUAUUGAUUUUUUCAAAUGGCAUUUUUAUCAGGAUGUUUGAACUGUAUUUUUGUAUUUCUAAGCAGGAUACAUAUUUAUCAUGAUGUUUGAACUGUAUUUUUAAGCAGGAUACAUAUUUAUUAGUAUGUUUGAACUGCAUUUUGGUAUUUUUAAGCAGGAUGCAUAUUUAUUAGUAUGUUUGAACUGUAUUUUUAAGCAGAAUACAUAUUCAUCAUGAUGUAUUUGAACUGUAUUUUUAAGCAGGAUACAUAUUCAUCACAAUGUUUUAAUUGUAUUGUUAAGCAGGAUGCAUGUUUGUCAUUUAUUACGAAUGGUGCUAGGUUAAUAAAUGAGCAGAUGUUACUGUUUGUUAUUUAAUUAAUAUUUGUAAUUGAAAUAUAAUGCUCUGUAUACAUCUUGAAACACAAGGAGUCAAAGGGAGGAUUGACCUGUUGUUCAGAUUGGUUGUGAUUUAAACAAAAACCAGUUCUUACAACACUUGUAAUAGUUUUAUGUUGUAGCUAUGAAAAACACUGAUGUUUGUUUAUUUGGUUGAGAUGCCCUGAAGCAUGCAUGUAUAUGAUUACACACAUGCACACAAUGAUGUUAAGUUGUUAUAAAAUUUGGUGAAUAACAUGUUUACUUGAAAGCUAGUUUCUACUUGGUUUGUCCAUUUUACUAAUUCUAUAAGUUUAUUGACAGGAGCUGAAUGGUUUUUAUAUUUUUAGGUAUUUUCUCUGUUUUCAUUGUGGAACUGUUGAAAAAGGCUCUUUACUUAUAACUUGUAAAGCUAUUUUUUUACUAAGAAUCUACUUUUGUACAUCAUUUCUGAAGCAAUAAAAAUGGUUUUGAUGUA